UCAGAGGGUACUCCAUCGUUCGGUAAGAAGCACAACAAGUCGCACACUCUGUGUAACAGAUGCGGUAAGAGAUCCUUCCACAUCCAAAAGAAAACAUGUGCCUCUUGCGGUUACCCAGCUGCUAAGAUGAGAUCCCACAACUGGGCUUUGAAAGCUAAGAGAAGAAGAACUACCGGUACCGGAAGAAUGUCCCACCUCAAGCACGUGUCGAGAAGAUUCAAGAACGGUUUCCAGACUCAGAAUUAG